AUGCAAAGUUUUUCUAUGCUUCCUACAAUUGAUAAACCAACAAGAGUGUAUGGGUCUUCAGCGACUUUAAUUGACAAUAUCUUCACAAAUAACCUGACGAAUAAUAUUUCUAGUGGCAAUAUCGUCACCGAUACAACCGAUCGUUUUUCGCAAGUCUGUAUAUUGUCAAUGUAAGCAAGCAAAAAUUAACAAAUACAAAAAAGACUAAAUUUAGGGAUUAUUCCAGCUUUAAUGCUAAUAAAUUCAUGAAUGAGCUAAGUGCAAUUAAUUGGGAAGAGGUUUCUAGUAAUUGCGACGUGACCAAGUCGUCCUCUCACCUUUAUAAAACCAUAAAUCAUGUAGUUAAUAAACAUGCACCGCUCAGGGAU